AAACUUUAUCGUAACCCAGCAACGCAGCCUUCCCCUUCCCGGCGCCUUCCUCCAACUCCAUCGCCACGGCGCGCAGAAGCGAUUCCAGGUGCCUUGCGUGCUGUGAAGCCUUAAUCUCGCCCAAUUUCCGUUCCUUCUCUCUUCGGGAUCUUCGAUUGCAUUAAUGAGGUCGCGGCCGCACCGGCGUCGUCGUCGUCAUCGAUGAACGAGCACGCGUACAGGGUGGAGACGACGCAGCGCCUGGCGCAAUGGCGGAUCGAAAACGUUGCUUCCUGCACUUACCGCAAGUCCGACCCCUUCAAGGUCGGCCUCUGGAAUUGGUAUCUCAGCGUAGAGAAGAACGAACAGUUACUUGUGAAGCUUUUCCCCGAGAUGUGCCAUCUAACGAGAAAGCAGCCGCCCAUUGCAUCCUUCAACAUCAAGUUCGUCUCCGUGUCAUCCUCCUCCCGCAAGACUGUCGUCCACGCAGGAGUUUGUGACAAGUUACUGAAGAACAAUGACGAUUUCGUGUUGGUACUCGACGAUUUGUCGAGUGGAAGAUUGAUCAUUGAUAUUGAGUUCCUUGAUCUAAAGAUUUUACCUUCAUCAGGUGGAGAGGCUUCCUCCAUCUGGUCCAACUACCAUAUCGAGAGGCGUUCGAUGAACACAACACUUGCCUCCCUCGGCCAGAUGUUGGCCGAGGGCAUCCAUACCGACAUCACCAUCAAUGCUGCAGACGGCGGGAGUAUCAGCGCCCACCGUGCCAUCCUAGCAGCAAGAUCGCCGGUGUUCCGCAGCAUGUUCUCCCACAAUCUCAGGGAGAAGGAGCUCUCCGCGGUGAACAUAUCAGACAUGUCAUUUGAGGCUUGCCGGGCCUUCCUCAAUUACAUCUAUGGCAACUUCCGGCCGGAGGAAUUCUUGAGCCACCGGCUCGCCCUCCUCCAUGCUGCCGAUAAGUACAGCGUACCGGACCUCAAGGAAGCGUGCCACGAGAGCUUACUGGAAGACAUGGACGCAAGCAAUGUGAUUGAGAGGCUGCAGACUGCUGAUCUUUACUGCUUGCCUAGGCUGAAGAGUGGCUGCAUGAGAUACCUGGUGAACUUUGGCAAGAUUUAUGAGAUCCGAGAUGAGUUCAAUGCGUUUAUAGAUACUACUAACAGAGAUCUCAUAGCUGAACUCUUUCAAGAGAUUCUUGGAUUCUGGAAAGGUUUCUAAGAUUUCUUAGUUGGAUACAUUUCAAUCUAUGUUUAUAUAUAGGUCGAUCAGACAAUGUGCAUUCAAUUAUUUGAUUGUAAAAUAAAAUAAAAUAAAAUCAAGACUUUAUUUGGCUGAUUUUUUUUUAAAUAA